AUGGUAGCAGUGACCUCUUACUCUGAAGAUGGAACCUCAAGAUCAACUUCCACAAUAUCUCUUCAAGUAAUACAUGCCGAGCUUCUUGAGCCACAUAGGUCCUAUGAGUAUUGUACUCCCAUCUCAAGGAACAUCUUUAGGGGAGACGAUGACGAUAUGAUGCCAUUCAUCCCAUACGCAGAUGAUCCAACCUUCGACCACGUAGAUCAUACGUUGUGUUAUGGCUCGUUUGCGUGGCAGGAUGAUUAUGAUCCCGAUUUAGAAGUUAUUUCUUUAGAGACAGCCUAUCGCCUCCAUACGGUUCACAGUCUACUGUAUGAGGACAUAGACAGCACGGGAGUCCUUCCCUUCAAGCUUUUCUCAACUCCAGGAAAAACUGGACUGUUUACCCUGAGUCGUCGUCGUGACCUACUUGAAUGGAACGGGACCGCCAUCCCUUGUUCUUACAGCUUUCCUUCUUCAUCGCUGUCUCGUAGUAUUCUUCAACAUCGGCUUGAGCGCACCCAUGCAUUGUUUUGCCCUAACCUCAACUGUAUCGAGCCCCUUUGCCCUGUUCAUGAGCUACUGAAACGUGUAGAAUACCCCUGCGAAGCUGGCUGCUUCUUGCAGAGCAGGACAGUCGAGGUACUCCCUUGCUGGAAUGAAGACGACAUCAAUUCGUUUAAAAGCAUCUUAGAUAUCGAGUCAGAUAUGAUACCUUGUGACCAUGCUGAAUUAUGUUUUAAGCCUUGCCACGAGGUCCGUCAACAUGAAAAUGACGAGAGCUUUCUUUGGAACGAACCUUGUCAUCACUCUGGGCCAUGUGACGGUUCGUCUAACUGUCCAUGUUUUAUGAACAAGGUCCAUUGCCAGCGGAACUGCCGUUGCCCCGCCAAAUGCGCUCGGAGAUGGAAAGGUUGUCGUUGUGCAAAGGCACGCGACGGAAUGAGCUGUGUGAAGGCCAAGCGAUGCUCUUGCGUCGAAGCUCGACGCGAGUGCGAUCCAGAGCUUUGUGCAAAAUGUGGAUGUCGGAGUACCUGCGGGAACUCCCAGAUUCAACAAGGUCAUUUCAAGAAACUGGAGGUUAAGGAAAGUCGUUGGGGCGUAGGUGUAUUCCUACUCGAACCGGUCCAGCAGGGCGAAAUGAUCGUGGAGUACGUCGGGGAGCUUAUCUACGAAAUGACGUUUGACAGCCGCGGAGAGGUCGCAGACCAUCUUGGACGAAGUUAUGUCUUUGGUCUCAAUAAAACACUAUCCCUGGAUAGUUCGCGUGCAGGCAACGCGUCGAGAUUCAUCAACCAUUCGGGCGCUAGUGAUACCAGUAGCGAAACGCAGUGUAAUUGUCGCGCUUUUGCACGACUUGUGAAUGGGGAACAUCGUAUAGGAAUAUUUGCGAUUGUGAACAUUGACUCUGGAACCGAGAUCCUCAUUGAUUAUGGCCCGGCGUUCUUCACGGAGCAAAAGAAUGCAGAGGCCACGUAA